AUGUUAGGCCGGCUGGGCCAGCCGGGCUGCUCAAGAUGCGGCCACGUCCGACGCAUCUUGGGUGUGACGCGAGGGACCCUUAGGACGAUACCUCCGGAAGCGACGGCUGGCGGCACUGUCUACGACAAGACGUACCAGCGCUCCAUAGAACUGCCCGAGGUGUUUUGGCGACAGGUCGCAGAGAACUUAGUUUGGGAGCGGAAGUGGACUCGGGUUGUAGACGACGUCAAGCGGCCCUUCACAAAAUGGUUUCCGGGGGGCGAGAUCAGCGUCUGCUACAACGCGGUAGACCGACACGUGGAAGCCGGGAAAGGCGACAAGGUGGCCCUCAUCCACGACAGCCCCGUGACGCAGACGGUCACCAAGAUCACUUACAAGCAACUCAAGGGACAGGUGUCGAAGGUUGCCAGCGUCCUCUCGAAAUGGGGCAUCAAGAAGGGCGACCGCGUCAUCAUCUACAUGCCCAUGAUACCGGAGUCAGUGUACGGAAUGUUGGCAUGCGCACGCAUCGGAGCCGUACACUCGCUCGUUUUCGGGGGCUUCGCAGCCAAGGAGCUCGCGGUUCGGAUAAACCAUGCUCAGGCGGAUGCUUGCCUGUCCGUUAACUUUGGCAUCGAGGCUAAAAGACUGGUACCCUACAAGACCAUCCUAGACGAGGCGAUCAGCCUGUCCGAAUACAAGCCGAAGAAGUGCCUCAUAUUCAUGAGAGGAGAGGAGGACAGGGACGUUCCAAUGACUGCCGGCAGAGACGAGAUAUGGCAGGAUGUUGUCCGCGGCGCACAUCCGGUAGACUGUGUCCCCAUUGAGGCCAUGGAGCCUCUGUAUCUACUGUAUACUUCCGGUACCACAGGACUGCCCAAGGCAGUCGUACGGCCUGCAGGAGGACACGCGGUCAACCUGCUCUGGACACUCGAGAACGUGUAUGGCGUCAGAGACAAUGACACUUGGUGGGCAGCCUCAGACCUGGGUUGGGUUGUUGGCCAUUCUUACAUAUGCUAUGCCCCUCUUCUCAAAGGUGUCACAACCGUGUUGUACGAGGGCAAACCCGUGGGCACGCCAGAUGCCAGCAGCUUUUUCAGAGUGAUCAAACAGCACGGUGUGUGCGGCAUGUUUUCGGCACCCACAGCAAUGAGAGUCAUUCGGAAAGAAGUGAGUGUAAAAGGCAACAUAAUUAUUUUUGAAAGAGGAACAUGCAUGGACUGCCCGAAUUCUGGUAGCACCGAAAUUUAUGGAUCUCGUAUCGGUCAAAUGCUUUUUAGCUGCGUGCCUCACUAUUGCAUUUUGCAAUGCCCGCAGCCGGCGAAGGAUCCCGAGGGAUGCUUUGCAAAAAAUUUCCCGAUGAAACAGUUGCGUCAAGUGUUCUUGGCUGGAGAACGAUGUGAUCAAGGCACACUGAGCUGGACGGCAAAGACAUUUGGCGUUCCCGCCUUGGACAACUGGUGGCAAACGGAAACGGGUUCACCAGUGACAGCCACGUGCGUCGGUUUGGGGAACUCAAUGGAUGUACCCGAGGAAGCAACGGGAGUUCCAGUGCCCGGGUGGGAUGUUAGGGUGCUCCUAGACGACGGCUUGGAAGCAGCUCCAAACCAGCUUGGUACCGUGGCCGUCCGGUUGCCCUUGCCUCCAGGAGCCUUCUCGACACUCUUCCGAGCAGACGACGCUUUUGUUGUCAAGUACUUCGAGAAAUUUCCGGGCUACUACGACACAAUGGACAUCGGUAUUCGGCACAAGAAUGGGUACAUCAGCAUCCUCUCCAGAAAUGACGAUGUCAUAAACGUGGCAGGGCACCGCCUUUCGACCUUCCAGAUAGAAGAGACCAUCAUGAAGCAUCCGGACGUCGCAGAUUGCGCGGUCGUGGGGGUUCCGGACGAGAUUAAGGGAGAGGUUCCGCUUGCACUCUUUGUACUCAAGAAUGAUGUAAGCAGAUCCUUAGAUGAGAUCAGAGGGCAAAUCUUCGAACUGGUUCGCAUGGAUGUGGGACCGGUGGCGGCCUUCAGACUGGCCACUUCUGUGCCAGCUCUGCCAAAGACCCGCUCGGGAAAGAUUCCGCGGAAGACCAUUGCCGACCUCGCCAGGGGAAAACCAGUCAAGAUUCCUGUGACCAUCGAGGAUCCCUCUGUCUACAAGGCCAUUAUGGCCUCGCUGAAAAACCUGGGCUAUGCUCUCGAUGCACCGAACCCAGAGUAGGGACUCCCUAAAGAGCCUUCAGUUCCCCACACCAACUCCACCCAAGAGCCACCCGAUACUUCAAUCGCUCAAACUUGCAGAUUUUC